CACUGAGGAACGAACAUUAAUCUUCAAGCAUAAGAAUUUACUACAGUCUACAUAUUCAUAUACCAGAGUACCAGACUGAGAAUAGUAAAACUAUAUGCUCAUAAGUCAAUGUGCAUGUACUUGGUUUUCUAACUUUUCUUUGACAUCAUUGCAUUUUCUAGAAGAGAAUUGGUCAUGAUGUAAAAGCAAACUCCAUUCCUGGUUUGAAAAUCUAACAAACCACCCUUAGCAAUUCAUUACACAAAUAGACUUUAUUAUGUAAGAGAUGGUGAUCGGUGGAGAAGUUGAGUGUAAAUUUACUUUACUAUCUUCAAACUUCUAGUUUACUAAAAUAUACUUAAAAUGAUGGGAAAUGUCAUUGCAGGAAUUUCAAAAGUAGAAAAAGAAUUUUCUUUAUGAAUUUGAGUCAUAAAACAAAAUGACACAGGCACAACUAAUAGGCUGACAACUUCCUCUUCAAGUAAACCAAUAAUUUUCCAAAUUCCACCUCUAUACUUAGGCAAGGCUUCAGAAGAUUGAAAGCUUAGUUCAUAGCCAGAUUCUAAAUGGGAGAAGUUAAAGUUCUUGGAGCAUCUCUAAGUCUUUUUUGCUGCAGAAUUGAGUGGGCUCUGAAGCAGAAAGGGAUAACCUACGAGUACAUAGAAGAAGACUUGAGAAACAAGAGUACCCUGCUCCUCAAGUCAAACCCUGUCCAUAAGAAAAUCCCAGUGCUUCUGCACGGUGAUAAACCAGUUGCGGAGUCCCUUGUCAUCCUUGAGUAUAUAGAUGAAACAUGGAGGGAGUACCCUCUAAUGCCAGAUGAUCCUUCUGAAAAAGCAAUGGUGCGAUUUUGGGCAAAAUAUGUUGACGAGAAGUGUGUGAUCAGUGCAUGGACUGCUAGCCGUACAAAAGGCCAUGAACAAGAGAAAGCAAUAGAGUCAACACAAGAAUCACUCAAACUUCUGAAUAAGCUCAUUGAAGGCAAGACCUUUUUUGGAGGAGAAACCAUGGGUUUCCUAGACUUAGUGGUGGGAUCUUUACCUAACUGGAUCAAAUUCAUAGAAGAAUUUGUUGGCAUAAAGCUAUUUGAUACAAAAGAGUUGUCAUUUCUUCAUGAAUGGGCACAGAGAUUCACUGAAAUUCCAAUGAUCAAAGAAAGUAUUCCAAUGAAGGAAGAUCUCCUCAAUUACUUUCGAGCUCAGCAGAAUGCCAAAUGAGGGGAAGUAGUACUUGUAAACAAUAUAUUUUUGUUUUAAAAUAAUGUAAAGACGCAGGAUGCUAUCUUGAUGAAAUAUAUUACACUUCCAAUUCAUGUUAAUCUCAAGAUAUACAUG